AUGGCUACCUCCACCACCUCAAAGCGACCAAUCAAGGGGAUUCUCAAAAAUAAAAAUUCAUCAACUUCGGUGGAGGAUUCUACCUAGUCAUCGGGAAAAUCUGGCACACGGGUACUGAAACUGAAGAAAUCACAGAAGUGGGAUGAAUCCAAUAUACGAGCAACAUACUAUCUAUCCUACAAAAACUAUGAUUUAAUGAAAAUGAACGAACCCAGCAACUCCUGUGUCAGUAUGCCACACGAUGGGGAAGACACCACGAGUGAAGGUCAAGGAAAGGAAGCCAUGACACCCAACAUCCUAGCAAAGUACCUGGCCGACGCUGACAUAUUUGGGACCAACAGAAAGAAGAAAGAAAGCAGCGGUGCGCACACGAGCAAAUACUUCCUAGACCAUCAAGAAAGGCGGCGGCAAUUUAAUUUGAAAAGGAAGCUCCAUUCCAAUGAGGGAUUGACCAUCAAAUUAGCGAGACAAUUUAUUUCGGAAGAACUACAGUCAGAAUUGGAGGAAGACAAAAACUAACCGUGUCUACAUUAA